GAUCCGGACCCUCUCUCUCCCCGGGCUCCGGUCCCUCUCUGUCCCCGGGCUCCGGUCACUCUCUGUCCCCGGGAUCCGGUCCCUCUCUGUCCCCGGGCUCCGGUCACUCUCUGUCCCCGGGCUCCGGUCCCUCUCUCUCCCGGUUUUGCAAUGCUUGUCCUGCUCUUGUUCUCCGCCGUCUCGCUGCUACUCCUGUCUUCUCCGGGAUUGGGAUCUCCUGCGGGGAUCGACACUAUGGAUCAGAUCGACUACAAGGAUCCCUGCAAAGCCGUGCGUUUCUGGGGAGAUAUUGCCUUGGAUGAAGAAGAUUUGAAGUAUUUCCAUUUUAAUGGAAGCACAGAAUUAACGACUCAACAAGCUAGAAGAAGGGGCCAUGGAUCUGGAAACCUGGGCAAUGUGCAGCAGAGAGACCAGCGCUCCCGAGCUCCAGCAGCACGCAGCAGAGUCAGACGGGCUGCCACAUCAAGGCCAGAGCGGAUCUGGCCCGGAGGAAUUAUUCCCUACGUCAUCGGAGGAAACUUCACUGGAACCCAGAGAGCUAUAUUUAAACAAGCCAUGAGACACUGGGAGAAGUUCACCUGUGUCACGUUUGUGGAGCGAACCAAUGAAGAAAGUUUUGUCGUUUUUACCUAUCGGCCGUGCGGGUGCUGUUCAUACGUGGGUCGCCGCGGGGGCGGUCCACAGGCCAUCUCCAUCGGCAAAAACUGCGAUAAAUUCGGGAUUGUCGUUCACGAGUUGGGACAUGUGAUCGGAUUCUGGCAUGAGCAUACCCGGCCGGACAGAGAUGCCCACGUCAGCAUUAUCCGAGAAAAUAUACAGCCAGGGCAGGAGUACAACUUCCUGAAGAUGGAGCCUGCCGAGGUCAAUUCCUUAGGGGAGACGUAUGACUUUGACAGCAUUAUGCACUAUGCUAGGAACACCUUCUCCAGGGGUGUUUUCUUGGACACCAUCCUUCCUCGCAGAGAUGAACAUGGCAUGAGGCCUCCCAUUGGACAGAGAGUAAGACUGAGCAAAGGUGAUAUUGCCCAAGCCAAGAAGUUGUACCGAUGUCCAGCCUGUGGUGAAAGCCUGCAGGACUCAGUUGGGAACUUUUCAACGCCAGGCUUUCCGGACGGGUAUCCAACUUUCUCUCACUGUGUUUGGAGAAUAUCGGUGACCCCGGGAGAGAAGAUCAUAUUAAAUUUUACAACCAUGGACGUGUAUAAAAGCAGCCUGUGCUGGUAUGAUUACAUUGAGGUACGCAAUGGAUACUGGAGGAAGGCACCACUCCUGGGUCGAUUCUGUGGUGAGAAACUUCCGGAAACCAUCAUUUCCACCGACAGCUGGCUCUGGAUUGAGUUCCGCAGCAGCAGUAAUGGGAUGGGAAAAGGCUUUUCUGCUGUGUAUGAAGCGAUCUGUGGAGGGGAUAUUCAUAAGGAUACAGGUCAAAUUCAGUCUCCGAAUUAUCCCGAUGACUAUCGGCCAUCCAAGGAAUGUACCUGGAGGAUCACUGUUGCUGAGGAAUAUCACGUAGGCCUCGUCUUCCAGGCCUUUGAGAUUGAAAGACACGAUAGCUGUGCGUACGACUACCUGGAGGUGCGUGAUGGAGACAGUGCUACUUCACCCCUGAUUGGCCAGUUCUGUGGUUAUAAUAAACCGAGUGACAUCAAGUCCAGCUCCAACAAACUCUGGAUGAGGUUUAUGUCGGACGGUUCAAUCAGCAAGGCUGGUUUCGCAGCAAACUAUUUCAAGGAGAUGGAUGAGUGCGCCCGGCCGGACCAUGGGGGUUGUCAGCAGCACUGUGUGAACACUCUGGGCAGUUAUCGAUGUGCGUGUGAGCCAGGCUUUGAGCUGGCUGCAGACCGCAGGACGUGUGAAGCUGCAUGUGGGGGCUUUCUCACCAAGCUCAAUGGUACCGUCACAAGCCCAGGCUGGCCCAAGGACUACCCAACCAACAAGAACUGUGUGUGGCAGCUGGUGGCACCUGCCCAGUACCGGAUCUCGCUGCAGUUCGAGGUGUUUGAGCUGGAGGGUAAUGAAGUCUGUAAGUAUGACUAUGUGGAGAUUCACAGUGGCCUCUCCUCUGAAUCCAAACUACACGGCAGAUUCUGUGGCUCUGAGAAGCCCGACAUCAUCACGUCGCAGUUCAACAACAUGAGGAUCGAGUUCAAGUCUGACAACACAGUGUCCAAGAAAGGGUUCAAAGGCCAGUUCUUCUCAGAUAAAGACGAGUGCUCGGUGGGUAACGGUGGCUGUCAGCAUGAGUGUCUGAACACGCUCGGGAGUUACAUCUGCCAGUGUCGCCACGGCUUCACCCUGCAUGAGAACGGCCUUGAUUGUAAAGAAGCUGGCUGUGAGCAUAAAACGAGCAGUGCGGAGGGAGUGAUUGCCAGUCCAAACUGGCCUGACAAGUACCCCAGUCGUAAGGAGUGUACCUGGAUCAUAUCUACCACCGCAGGCCAUAGACUCAAGCUGACCUUCAACGAGUUUGAAAUCGAACAGCACCAGGAAUGCAUUUAUGAUCAUCUGGAGGUUUACGAUGGACCCGACGAUGGGUCCCCAAUGCUGGGGCGUUACUGUGGGAGCAGAAAACCUGAGCCUGCCAUUUCUAGCAGCAACAAAAUGUUCAUCAAGUUCGUCUCAGAUGCUUCAGUCCAGAGAAAGGGCUUUCAGGCCAAACACAGCACAGAAUGUGGAGGACACCUCCGGGCUGAGGUGCGAACCAAGCACCUAUACUCACACGCACAGUACGGGGACAGUAACUACCCAGGACAGUCAGACUGUGACUGGGUGAUAGUGGCUGAAGAUGGUUAUGGGGUGGAACUGAUCUUCCAGACAUUUGAAAUUGAGGAAGAGAUAGACUGCGGAUACGAUUACUUGGAGUUGUACGACGGUCACGAGAGUGUUGCCCCCAGACUCGGCAGAUUCUGUGGAUCAGGGCCCCUGGAGGAGAUCUAUUCUGCAGGGGACUCUAUAAUGAUUCGCUUCCAUACUGAUGACACCAUCAAUAAGAAAGGUUUUCAUGCUCGGUACACCAGCACGAAAUUUCAAGAUGAAUUACACACGAGGAAAUAACCAAAUAGGAGCCUUAAUGAAGGACUGCAUUGAGGACGCCGCGCCAUGCUACUAUUGUACCUUUGACACAGAAGAUUUGGAACUGAAAUCCACAUUUGGUCUUGGUUGAAAUUGUCAGUGAUUCCUGACCAGAAACAAACCCUCUCUGUAUUCCAAGCAACUUCCUCAAUGUUAUAUGCCCACAGUGUUUCCGAAAACAUUUUGUUUAUCCAAUCGCUGUAGCCCAAAAGACACAGAAGUAAAACACUAUGACUCCCUUACAAUUAGCUUCCCAUCCCUGCUUUCCCCUUCCCACCAUUCCCAUCCCUGCCAUUCCUCUUCCCAGCAUUCCCAUCCCUGCCAUUCCUGCCUCUGCCAUUCCUGCCCCAGCCAUUCCUCUUCCCACCAUUCCCAUCCCUGCCAUUUCCAUUCCUACCUUUCCCAUCCGGUAUCUGAAACAAUUCCUACCAUGCUUUUCGGAUGUAUUUCCACAUGAGCCGCACAGUAUUCAGAAGCACAGCGUUUCAAUGCGAUUGUGGUCCUUUCCUCACCAAAUGCUGUUUAAAUACUGAAAGAACAGCAAGGUUGUGGAAUUUUCCCCAUUACCAUAAAUGUACGUUUGAAAUUUUGAAAAACUUGGAAUAGUUCUUUCAGCCCCUUGAAAUGUUACAGGAAAUAAUAGGUGUGGAGAAAAGCCACUGAUCUUUGAACAGAUGUGUUGAAAAUAAGCUGUUCAACCUCCUGAUUAGAAGAGCCAGCACCAGGUGCUACAAUAUUUAGGACUAGCUGGAGAUGGUUUUCACCUCGGCAGCCAGCAACCCAAGCAGCUGCGAUGUUAUCAUAACAUUUCAUUGAAAGAGGGGAAUAAAAAGAGAAAGAUUAUUUGAAAAAUUUACUUAAGAUACAUUUGGAAUUGCAAAAUUUCAAAAGGUAUGUUUGCUUGCAUGUAAACUGCAGGUACUUGUUAAUCUGCCCAGCGAGCGGUUUUUAAUCCAACAUCUAUAUACAUGGAAAAAAAACCCUGAAAGAUAAGCCUUAAUUCUAGUGAAAUAUUGUACAGUACUGUACAUCAGAAACUGUAUUUGGUAGCUAGUUGUCGCCAUUCACUGUAGAUAAAUCAUAUUCUGUUUAUUAUUUAUUCCUGAGAAGGAACACCGUAUGACAGAAGGAUGGUUGAGCUCUUGAAUCAACUCAUCACACUUUUGCGUUCUAUGUAAAGGAGUGAAAUUCUUUCCAAAUACACACCAUACAUUUAACUCAAUGCUCCAGAGCUGCCCUAUUACCCUUGUAUAAAAGUAGAAUUUCCCUCAAGAACCACAUCACCUCUAAAAUAUUCAAACCAAGUUCUCCACCUGUUUGAUCCAAUGGGCUGGCUAUGGAGGGCAAGUGCCUAAAAGGUUUAACUUUUAUCAAAAAUGCAUUGAUUCUUGAUUUAUAAUUUCUUUU